AUGCCGACGGAUGCAGAAGGACUCCUCAACCUCCAAAUCAAAAUUGCGAGAGUUAAAAAAACUUUGAAGAAAUGGAAUAAGGAGAUCUUUGGAAACAUUCACUCCAACCUUAGGGGCAUGGAAGAGAAGAUAGCGGUGGCCCAGGCAGAAUUCAAAGAUAGGCCAUCACCAGAAAAUAGAACGGAAAUCAACAAACUCAUUGCCGAGUACAUUUGCCUACUCAGAAUGGAGGAGGAUUUUUGGCGCCAAGCAAAAGCUGGGUCAAAGCAAAAGAGAAUCCGGAUGCGUAUCCACAAGAUCAAUAGUGAUGGACGUGAAAUUACGGAAGAAACAGAGAUCAAGAACUCGGCGGUGCAAUUCUUCCAAAAUCUUCUUGCCCCCGAACCCACGGUGCUGGAGGAGCCGGAUCUUAGCCUCAUCAACCCAUCCCCUCCCUCGGACGACAUGAACUCCUUGGCUAAGGAUCCGGAAGCGGAGGAGGUUAAACGAGCCGUCUUUGGCAUCUCGGGCGACAGUGCGCCAGGCCCGGACAGCCUUACGGCCACUUUCUUUCAAGCGUGUUGGGAAAUUAUUGGCCGGGAUGUGGUUGCAGCAAUCAGCCAAUUGUUUCAUGGAGUUUACCUUCCGCGAAGUGUCACGGCUACAAGUAUUGUCCUCAUCCCCAAGAAGCCAUCGCCGGACUCAUGGGGUGACUACCGACCCAUCAACCUAUGCAAUGUCAUCAACAAGGUCAUAACAAAGAUUCACACGACGAGGUUAGCCCCCCUCCUCCCACGUCUUAUCUAG